CAUUGCUCUUUUCUUUGGCUAAUCAUCUUGUUUCAUAAUACAUAACAUGCUUCAUAGAAAAUGUAUUUAUAAAAGUUGUCAUUAAAUAAUGCAGGGCUGAAAUUUAAUAAAAAAUGAGUGCCCUGAAUUGUCCUUUAAAAAAGCCUCAAUGUUUACAUUGUAUAUUCCAACCUUCAGGUCAUUCAUUAGUUGGGGAGGUGAAGUGAUUUAUGUUGGUUGCCAGGAAGCACACAAAGGCAGCAGGGAGGGCUGAAACAAACAAGGCCGCAUUGCUGGGAAGGUGGCCUUCAGAGGCGAGCGCUUCACUGGGGCGGAAACCUUGCAGCUGUGUUACCUCACGCCUCCACACAAGAAAAUGGACUUUAAAACCACAACAUGUGAAUAGAAGCAAGGUUAGCCAAAGAGAUUUUGAGAAAUUGCUUUUCUAAUGCAUUUAAAAUGAGUAUUAGAUGUUGCAUUCUGUGUCAGUUGCUAUAAACACAGGGGAAGCUUUUACACUUUUUAAAGUCAAGCCAGGUUAAACAGAGUAUAAGGAGGGGAUGUUUUAAAACAAUUCAACAGUGGGUUUUGAAAAUAAACUGCGGAAUUAAGGAAGUGUGGGGGUUGGGAGCUUUCAUUCCCUACCUCUGGGCUUGAACUUUUUGCCUCCUAAUUGAGUACCUUGAAAUGUACUUUGAUUCUGGAAUUCGAUUGCUAAGUUGUUUCUUUUCAAAGGCACCUGUUGAAGGAAAAGAAAAAGAAAAAGAAAAAUGCUUAGAGAGUUGAUGGCUCUUAAAAUGACGGCUGUUAAAAAGAGGUAAAGCCAUUAUGAGUUGCCAGAAUGCUACACUUGAGUUGAACAAAGGAUCCCAGCCCGGGCCAGAGAACCCAGAGAGAAUUUCACAAGGUGAAACUGCAGAGGAAGAUGCCUGCAUAGCCCUGCUUGAAAACCAACUCAGCCUGGGCGACUUUGUCCAAAUACAAAGAGCCUUUGAGUCCUCAGAGCCAAGUCAAACCAUUUGUAUGUCCAGAGAAGAGUUUGUGCAGACGAUGACAGAGAUUGUUGGUUGGGGCACAAAGGAAGAAUAUGGAGAGCUCUUUUUUUUUUUUUUUUUUGCGCUGUUUGAUAAAGUGGAUGUGGCCCAAGAUGGCUGUAUUAAUUGGGACAAGCUGACUUCAUUUGUGCUGUUAACACUUUAUGAGAAAGAUGAACAAGCAAAGGCAAUGGUGGUUCCCCAGUGGAAAGACCUUGAAUGCCUCCCAGUGAAACGCAAGGACACCAUUCAAAAAGUAAUUUUCUUAAAAAGUUCAAGUCGUUAUCUGAUCAUCAGGAAGGAAGGUGUAGUUGGAAUCUGGGGAGAGAAUUUAAAGCUGCAAGAAAUGCUUCCCAUCACUUCAGAUGCCAACAAGCUUAAACACCUGUGGCUGACAAGUAUGGCUUCUCUGGAAAAUGUAAACAAGGUGGCUUUUACAAGAAAAGAGAUUUGUUUCUAUGAUCUGCUGUCCAAAGAAGAAUUUCCUUGUCAAUAUAAUCUCCAUGGCCUGAAAGGAACACCAAUUUGCAUGGAUUAUUGGUACGACCCUUUUGACGCCAAAGAGUCAAUUCUUUCUCUUGGGGACAUAACUGGAAAGGUUCAAGUAAUUGCUUUCACAACGGCCUUGAUUUCCCUUUUUGAGCAUCCUGCUGGUGCAGGUGAAGAUGAAGAAGCAACUGUGACCAUUAACUGGGCAGAGCCGUGCUCUGGACGUCACAAAUGUUGCUAUACGUUAGGGCACAAACUUCAUUGUGGAGACUGCGUCAGACAAGUUACUUACAAUGCGUCCUUAGAUGCUAUUAUUUCCGGUACAACCAGCAAUACAAACACUGGGGUGCUGGCACGGAGAGAGAAAUCAAAAAAGCGUCUUAAAAUGACGUCCUUCAACAUUGCCCAGGGCAUUCGUGCUUUUGAUUACCACUCUCGUCUCAAGUUAAUUGCAACUGCUGGCUUUAACAAUGAAGUUUGCCUUUGGAACUCCUAUGUUGUCUCUAAGCUGGUUGGUGUCCUUUGGGGUCACUCAGCCAGUGUAAUAGCUGUCCAUUUCUUUGCUGCAAGAAAACUUUUCAUCUUCUCCAAAAAUAAAGUUUUGAGACUCUGGGAUAUUCGGCACCAGCUGUCCAUCCAGAGGAUAGCUUGUUCUUUCUCCAAAAGUCAGGACUUCAGGUGUCUCUUCCACUUUGAUGAAGCCCACGGACGGCUUUUCAUCUCGUUUAAUAACCAGCUAGCAUUGCUGGCAGUGAAAAGUGAUUCCGGCAAGAGGGUGAAAAGCCACAAGAAAGCAGUCACUUGUGUGCUUUACAAUUCAGUCUUGAAGCAGGUAAUCAGUUCUGAUGCGGGGUCGACGGUUUCCUUCUGGAUGAUAGACACUGGGCAGAAAAUCAAACAGUUUACUGGUUGCCAUGGCAACGCAGAAAUCAGCACAAUGGCCCUCGAUGCAAAUGAGACACGGCUUUUGACUGGCAGCACAGAUGGGACUGUAAAGGUCUGGGACCUCAAUGGCUAUCGUCACCACACACUUAACGUUGGGCAAGAGGGAGCUGUGGAUAUUUCACACAUCCUGGUUCUUAAGAAGAAAAUCCUGGUUACAGGCUGGGACAGGUAUGAUACCCAGAGGAGGUUUAAAAACUUCAAUCAGUUUUUCAUCCAGCCUGAAGAAUGGAAGGGAGGAGUACAACACCGUAAUGAUAUCGUACGCACUGCAUUUUUACCUCCACAAAUUCUUGUUACAGGGAGCUGUGAUGGAGAAACUGUCCUGUGGAACAGUAGCACAGAAAAUGCUCACUAUAUCCUUCACCCUGAUUAUCAGCGGCUGCUAAAAUCCAAAUCGGAUAGAGAGCCUCAAAAGCUUCCUGGUGCCGGGAGGAGCUGCUUCACCCACCCCAUGGCUGACCAGGCCACGCUGGGAGCCUGUUCCUUUGAGACAGACACUGAGUGCAAUAAAGCUGUUAUGAGGCUUUGCUUCCUUGAAGCAAGAAAAAACAUUGCAGCCACAGGGGGUGCCAACCUGGUGUCAUGUGGAGGAUCUGGGUAUGUCAGAUUCUGGGAUACAUUUAAGAAGCACCUUCUGGCUGAAUUUUUGGCUCAUAACGUUGUUGGUUCCAUUAUUGUGUCUACUGAUGAGUCAAAUUGAUACCUCGCCGCAGGAGAUCUUGAGGGGUGGUUGAAAAUCUGGAAUACAGAGGAGGAAUCAUGGUUAGACCCAUCAAAACAUUCUCUACUUGAUAAGUAAAACAAAGAGUCAACAUACAAGAAGCUCACACGUCCUUGCUACACCAACUGCUCCACAGCUACCCCUUCUCCUCCUCUCACUGGGACCAUCAGAAGUUACAAAUUUAGGUAUGAAUAUAAGGAAAGAAAUGUUUAUAACAAAAAAACACAUAACCUUUACAAUGGUGAAGUUAUAAAAAAAUUAUUCAGCGGUUUUAGGUCAUUAAGCAUUGGAAACUUGAAAGAACUACCUGAAGUCAAUAAACCAGCUUUUCUUCUAGACCCUGAGAAAUACUUUAGGGAAGAGCCAGAGGAGGAAUGUCCCCAAAUUCCAGAGCUUCCAUCACUUCCUGAAACACUGAAAGCAGUAUUUGAUGAGAAAAGCCUAUUCCCCAAAGAAAUUCUGGAUCGUGAACGAAGAGCCAGGCAAUUAUGUCAAGACACAAGUAGUGACGUAAAGAUUAAAAGGAAUAAGAAGCCAUUAUAA